GACAAAAAAUGGAACACACCAGCAGUGUGAGGAGACCUGAAAGUGGCACAUGGCAGAGUGUGGCGAUGGAGACAGCAGCAAUGGGAGGCCGUACAGGGACCCAUGAGAGACUCUGGACCUGGCAGCAGCAUGAGGAGGCGGUACAGGGGCCCAUGGCAGAUUACGGGCCUGGCAGCAGCAAUGGGAGGCCCGUAAUCUGCCAGCACCCUAUGACAAAAUGGAACACACCAGCAGUGUGAGGAGACCUGAAAGUGGCACAUGGCAGAGUGUGGCGAUGGAGACAGCAGCAAUGGGAGGCCGUACAGGGACCCAUGAGAGACUCUGGACCUGGCAGCAGCAUGA